AUGGCUUCUGGGACAGUUUCGAGCGCGCAGGCGCAAAGUAAUGGCGCAUUGCCUGCGAAUGGCAAGAAGGCGAAGCUGCAUGGGCGUGCGUUCUACGAGAGUAUUGGCAGCCCAAAGUUCAUUCUUGCGCCCAUGGUAGAGCAGUCAGAGUUCGCAUGGCGACUGCUGUCUCGGUCGUUCCUCCCACCCUCGCAGCAGACGAAACUGCUGGCCUACUCGCCCAUGUUCCAUUCGAGGAUGUUCGGCGAGAAGGCGAACUAUCGCGAUUCACACUUCCAGCCCCUCAAAUCGACCCUACCCUCGCCGCCCGACUCCUACCACGUCUCGCAACUGCCGGACUCGGACCGACAUCUGGACGGAAACCCCGCGUUCGAUCGGCCGCUCACGGUCCAGUUUUGCUCAAACGACCCCGACGACCUUCUCACAGCUGCGAAACACGUUGCCCCGUUCUGCGAUGCGGUAGACCUGAAUUUGGGCUGUCCACAGGGCAUCGCGAAGAGAGGCAAAUAUGGUGCUUUCUUGCAGGAAGACUGGGAUUUGAUCGCAAGGAUGAUCAAGAAGGUGCACGAAGAGCUGGACGUGCCCAUCACAGCGAAGAUGCGCGUCCUUGAAACCAAGGAUAAAACGCUGGAGUACGCAAAGACUAUCUUGAGUGCUGGCGCGAGUAUCAUCACUGUACACGGCAGGCGGAGAGAACAAAAGGGACACAACACAGGUCUAGCGGACUGGACGUUCAUUCGCUACCUACGGGAGAACCUGCCGAAAGAGACGGUCAUCUUCGCGAACGGCAACAUCCUGCAAUAUGAGGACAUUCAGGCGUGUUUGGAUGCGACAGGUGCAGACGGUGUCAUGAGCGCCGAAGGCAACCUCUACGAUCCCACAAUCUUUGCGGAGCCGCCUCCGGUAGGCCAAGAAGGCCGCGAGUACUGGCGCGGCAAGGAUGGCAAGGGUGGAUACAGGAUGGACGCAGUCAUGAGGCGGUACAUGGACAUCAUUCACAAGUAUGCGCUCGGCCAAGAGCCACCAACAAGGAGACCGUUAUGGAUGCCAGGCGAUCCAGAGGAACCGACGCCAGAAGUGCAAGAGGAGGAAGAAGAAGAAGGCCCGCCAAAGAAGAAGCAGAAGCAGGCACCAAAGCCAGCGGAAAAGAAGGGCACUAAGACGACGAACCCUAACUUGACAGCUAUGCAAGCACAUCUGUUCCACCUUCUGCGGCCGCUAGUAUCACAGCACCACAACGUGCGCGACGCGCUUGCGCGGUCAAGAACCGGCGACAUCGACGCUUUCGAGAACGUGCUAAAGCUCACCGAAGCUGCCGUCAAGGAGGGCAUCACCGCCUGCGAAGCAGAGCAAGCCAACGGCACCGCGAGUUCUGAACCUACACCCGCCGAACAGCUCAUCGAAAAUCUUGACCCGUACGAAUCCUCGCUAGCCACAGUCGCGCGCUGCAAGCGCCCCUACUGGAUCUGCCAGCCUUACGUACGACCGCUGCCCAAGGAAGCUAUUGAGAAGGGCAGCAUGAGUCUGAGCAAGAAGGAGAAGCGCAGGUUGGAAAUUGAGGCUGAGGAGGCGAAACAGGCUGGGCUGGAACCGGAGGGGAGGGUGCACAAGGAGGAUAUGACGAACGGCCAGGUCAAGAGUAGAGAGAGUCUAGAGGAGAACGAGAGGAAAGCUGAGAAGAGCGAGGGGGUUGUCGAGGAGCCUAAGGAGGGGGUUGUGUGUGGGUGA